UCUUACAGUCGCCUGUUUCCGUCAUUUUGAAGUUUGCUCAAAAUGUGUUCCAUAGAAUUUUAUCAAUAAACCGCAAUUCUAGACCCAUUCCUUUAGUUAAUUUAAACGUAAACCCUAGUGAUCGUUAAUUGUGCCGUAUUUAAUUAAUAAACAAAAAAUUAACCGUGAGAAAAAUGGGUAACGUACACGCAGCCUCGGGACCACCGCCGGCGCCGCCAACUCCACCUCCAGGUGUAAGUCCUGUAUGUUUAGAGACACCAUCCGCUCAAGUGGAAAACCCAGGCCCAUUGGAAGAGAUACACCAGAAGUGCAAAAAUGUAUUCCCGACUUGCUUCGAGGGGGCUCGAGUUAUGCUUACGAGAGGUCUUAGCAAUCACUUUCAAAUAUCGCACACGAUAAACAUGAGCUCGAUUACGCCAAGCGGUUAUCGGUUCGGCGCGACUUACGUAGGUACCAAACAGAUCUCGCCCACGGAGGCCUAUCCGAUUAUGUUAGGAGAUAUAGAUCCGUCUGGCAAUUUAAACGCCACCAUCAUUCACCAACUUAGGCCUAAUUUGCAGGGAAAAUUUGGCGCGCAGGUGCAAAACUCGAAGUUUACAGUAAGCCAGUUCACGCUGAAUUACCGAGGGGCCGAUUACACGGCGAGCGCGACCGUCGCCAAUCCUGAUUUGGUCGGCGGUUCGGGCGUUGUGGUUUUACAUUAUUUACAGUCGGUCACGUCACAUUUGGCGUUGGGCACCGAACUCGCGUACCAGAAGGGUUCCGCGAUUCCCGGUGGUGAAAUUGCCAUGCUGAGCGCGGCUGCAAGGUAUACAAACGACAGCAUUACAAUGUCGGGCACUUUAGGACUUACAGGUAUUCAUUUAUGCUACUACCAAAAGGCGAGUAAGCAGUUACAAAUCGGCGUAGAAUUAGAAGCGAAUAGUAGAAUGCAGGAGUCGGUCGCAUCGAUCGCCUAUCAAGUGGACAUACCUAAAAGCGACGUGGUCUUCAAGGGUCACAUAGAUUCGAAUUGGGCGGUCGGCGCCGUCUUAGAGAAGAAAUUGACACCUUUACCUUUUACACUGGCACUCAGCGGAUUGAUGAACCAUAACAAAAAUCAGUUUCGGUUAGGAGUUGGUAUCAUUAUCGGUUAAAUGUGAAAAAUUGUUUUGGAAAAGAGCUUUUUCUUUAGCGCAACACGUAGUGUAAAUAUAAACUGUUUGGUUCAUUGUAAACUUGUAAAAAUAAAUUACAAAUCGUUCUUUUUA